AUGGAAGCCAUAGCUGAACAUGACUUCAACGCUACAGCUGAAGACGAACUUAGUUUUCGUAGGGGACAGGUGUUAAAGGUUCUUAACAAGGAUGAGGAUAUACAUUGGUUUAAAGCAGAACUGGAGGGUCGAGAAGGGUUUGUACCAAGCAAUUAUAUUAGGAUGCAGGAACACGAUUGGUAUCUUGGUAAAAUUAGCCGUGCAGAUUCCGAGGCUCUGCUUAUGAAGCCCGGCAACGGUGAUGGUGCUUUUUUAGUGCGACAGUCGGAAAGCUCGCCUGGAGAUUUUAGCAUUUCCGUUAGGUUCCAAGAUAAGGUUCAACAUUUCAAGGUCUUGAGAGAUCAUAAUGGAAAGUAUUUUCUCUGGGUGGUUAAAUUCAACAGUUUAAAUGAACUGAUCAAUUAUCACAGGUCGGCGUCUGUGUCACGCACUCAUACAAUUCUUCUGCAAAAUAUGGACAGCGCUGCUACUCAACAGAACAGCCUGGUGCAAGCAAUGUUUGAUUUUGAUGCUAAAGAGGAAGGCGAACUUGGCUUUAUGCGUGGUGACAUCAUCACUGUGACGAAACGUGAUGACAAUAACUGGUGGGAAGGGACAUUGAAUAAUAAGACUGGCAUGUUUCCAGCUACCUACGUAUGCCCGUUCAACAAUUCUGCUCAUUGA